UCUGCUCUCAUUGUUUCUCUGUCCAGUGGAGGGAGAGCUGCAGCUUUUCACUGUUUAAAUGUUCUUCAUCCAACAGAGACAAACUGCUGGAGGAAAAUAAUUCAUCUGACAGCAAAGAUGCAGUGGAGUCUGAUUCUGCUCUUCCUGAUGGAUCAGUGUUGUUUCAUGGACUGUCAGCUCUAUCAGUUUCACUACAUUAAAGAGGAAAAGAACUGGACUGAAGCUCAGCAGUACUGCAGAGAGAAACACACUGACCUGGUCACAGUGACUAACAUGAAGGACAUGAAGAGACUCAUCAACAUCUCAGCUGGAGAUCAGAGUGGAGCUUGGAUUGGUCUGUAUAAUCAAACAAAUGGUACCAGAACAUGGUACUGGUCUCUGCCUGGAGUGGAGUUUGAUGAAAGUGAGAUAAAAUGGGCCAAAGGAGAACCAAGUCAUGACUGGAAUCACAACUGUGGAACUGUGUCGGAUCCCCCAGGGCUCAUUGCUGACAUUGUUGACUAUACAUGCCCUACCUUUGUCCUCUGUUACAAUGAUGGUAACAGUUCAUCUUUCAGACACUGGAAUAAAGACUUUAACAAUCAUCAACCCAUCAGUGAUCAAUGUGCCAUGACUGUGUUUAGUGAUGGAGGCAGAUGGAAGAAUGAGAACUGUAGUGAAAGAAAACCCUUCAUCUGUUAUGAUGACAAAAUUAUCCUGAUCAAAGAAAGUAAAACCUGGCCUGAGGCCUUAACCUACUGCAGAGGUCACCACCAUGACCUGGUCACCAUCACCAACAUGGAUGAACAGAAACUGGUUCAGCAGGAAGCCCAGUUUGCCUCGACUCCUUUUGUCUGGAUUGGUCUGCGUUUCAACUGCAGUGAGAGUAUUUGGUUCUGGGUCUGUGAUAACUGGACCUGGAAUGGACAAAAUGACUGUAACAUGUUUGGAGUCAUGCAAGCAAGAGGAGAGUAUCAGUUGUUCCAAAGAAACGGCAGUGAGAAAUUUAACUUCAUCUGUACUAAUUAA